AUGGCGAAGCUUUGCUAUCGCUUCAGCUUCAUCCAUGAAGAGCCAGCCUUUAGAGAUUCGCAUCGAGCUCAGCGAGGUCAGAGCUGUCCCGAGCUGUCAGAGAUCGAAUGGCGCUGGCCCGAAUGGCAGAGCCACAUCCAGGUGAGGAAGUUGUACCAACGGUCACAACAUGUGAGGGAUCAGAUGCAACGCGCAUUGGUAUUUCCAAAGCCAGGCAUCUCGCACGGCAGCCACGAACAUCCAGAGGUUUGCAACCGGUCAUGCAUCCUAUUUCUUCAUGGAAAGUGUCAAGAGGAUGCCGAAUGUGGCUUUUGCCAUGCUUCCCACCAACAGCGAGCAGUCAGCUUCAAUCAGGGUCAACGGAGGAUUGUGAGCUCAUGGUCCAAAGUGAGAUUGCUUGAAGUGGUCCUUCCAUAUUUGUGGAUCAAAGUAGAGGCAAGCAAUCAUCCAGGAGCAACCGUCCUUCUGGACCUCGUGGAGCGCGAGCUGGCCAUCCGUCGAAUCCAUGAUCACAGUAUCACCAAUGAGUCCCGAGUCCCUGGCCAGAUCGGACAUACUCUCGCUUGUAUGACUCUUUCGGCCUUGGUGGGCGUCAUUUGUAUGAAGAAAGGUGAGGCUCCUUUCUUCCGGCUCCUGAAGAAGGCCUUGAUCGACAUACCCGUGCAUUCUGAAGCUCGGGGAGCUCAUGUGGGUCCUGGUAGGCCAGCGAUCGGCACCUUCGGCAAGAAUACCUACAUCGUAGAGAGCAAGGAGCAGGCUAUGCGGCUGGCACCUGAUGGGUUGGAUGAGACAUGGAUCUUGCAAGAGCUAAUCACGGGAGAGUUGGAGUAUUCCACCACGCUCCUGGUGCUUGAUGGGAAAAUCCUUGAUUGGGCCGGCAUGAAAUACCAGUACAGCAUGGAGGCCUAUGUUUGGCCCCACGUCCGCUUAGUGGACCAAGAGCUUUGUAGUGUGCCCGCAGAGCACAGACAGCUGAUGGAGAAGUUCCUGGUGGGUUUCAGUGGCAUUUGCAACUUCAACUUCAAGCUGAGGGAGGAUGGCACCAUGUGCAUCUUCGAAGUGAAUCCUCGUGUGGGUGGGGAUUUGGCCUUCGAUCUUCCAAAACCAAGGGCCCGAUCCCUCCUUGAGAAGAUGGACGCGAUGGCAUCCUGA